AUGCCCCUCUCUGGCGAUGACCUUAUCUGUCCCAAGUUUCAGCCCACCAUCUUCGACUCCUCUCGCUGCCACGACUGCCUGCGCCAGAAGCACCUGCACUCGGACACGAGUACAGGCACGGGUACAGCCGAAACACCACAGCAGAGCCUCACAGUGGAGAAGGAGCCAGGGCAAGCCACUGGACCUCCACCAACACUACUACCAGCACCACAGGCAGUGGAGAGGGAUGCCAGUGCCAAGACAGAGGGAGAGGGGAUUAGAAGAGUGGAGGACUCUGAUGGCCUGUCAGUGGUAAGCAGCUACUGUGAUGUCAGCGGAGAUCAGCUGGGUUACGAGGAGAGCUCCUUAUGCAUCCUGAGCCCUGACUGUGACCUCUACAUCUGUGACGGAGACAACGACAGCACUGACAGCUGUCGGGACCAGAGUGUCUACGCUGAUCUCAGUGGCUCCAUCAGUGCAGAGGACGACUACCUGCCUCUCCGGCACCGCUCAACCCACCUCACCAUGACUCGCCUGGACCCACCACCCCACCGAACCAACCCCAAAGCCUGGAUGGAGGAGGACAACAGCAGGGGCAGGAUUGGCAGACACUCAGGGUUAAAAGAAGAAAGGAAUCGUGAAAGUGGCUACUUCUCUCUGGGGAGGGCGGGAGGAGCCCGUUCUCUCAGGGAUCAGAGCCCCCCUCCCGUUUACCGCCAUUCAGAGAGGGGACACCCCCUCUACAGCAACCGGAGCCCUGAGCCCAAAGCUACCAUCCCCUUUAGGAACCCUAACCUGGGGCUGGCAUCGGAGAGGUUAAACCCAGAGAUACUAAACCCAGACCUGCCUCUGGAAAUCCCUGAACCUCCUGACGCAUUUGAUCUCACCAUCGAGGUUGAGGCUCAGGUGGGCCCUCGCUCCCCAAGCCCCACCCCUUUUAAGAUAGCAGAAUCCCUGGCCUCCACUAACCGGAGGGGUUUCAACAGCUCAUACAGUAGAAGAAACUCUCCUUCCUAUCAGGAGUCUGGGAAGUUAAAUUCAUCGAGACAAAGCUCCUCUCUGUCCCGCUCCUCUUCACCCUUACGAAACACCUCCCCAUUCAAACGAAGUGAAUGUACCACCUCCCUCAACAGAUGGGGCUUAGACUCUGAGGGCUGGUCUCAGGGACGUGGCUUUGACACUCCUUGUCAAUUCCUGCUAUGCAAAAGUGAGACACGUGGCUAUGGAAAUGGUCGAGGUCGUGACAGUGGAAGCUCCUCUCCCUCUAGGAAAGGCUAUGAUGCCCCGAGCCAGUCACCUCUGCGCAAAAGUGAAUCCAACAGCUACCUGAAUAGUCAGAGUCGAGACAGUCGAAGCUCCUCCCCUUUGAGAAAGGGAUAUGAUGCCCCUGGCCAAUCACUGCUUUGUAAAUCAGAGACGAAUAGCUCUGUCAGAAGUCAAAGUCGUGAUCGUCCUACCUCCUCUCCCUCUAGGAGAGGCUAUGAUACCCCGAGCCAGUCAUCACUGCGCAAAAGUGAAUCCAAAAACUACCUGAAUAGUCAAAGUCGAGACAGUCGAAGCUCCUCCCCUUUGAGAAAGGGAUAUGAUGCCCCUGGCCAAUCACUGCUUUGUAAAUCAGAGACAAACAGCUCUGUCAGAUGUCAAAGUCGUGGUAGUCGUAGCUCCUCCCCUUCAAGGAGGGGCCAUGACACCCCCAGCCAAUCACUACUGCACAAAUCUGAGAAGAGUGGGGCCCUCAACGGUCGGAGCCGUGACAGUCGCAACUCCUCUCCAUCCAAAAGAGGCAAUGACCCACCAGGUCAGUCACUCCUCAGGAAAACCACCAGUGGUGGUGACUCCAGCCUCUCUUACCAGAGAAAAAACCCUUACGGUGAUGCUCGGCCUGACUCUAACCCCUCCCCUGGCGCCUGGCGAGGCUCCACCCACUUCCUACAUAGCACCUCCCCAUCCAGGGAGGGCAGAGAGAACAAAACAUCUGCCCCCUCUCAGAGGGCCUCUGCUGUCACCUGGGAAACCACUUGGAGUAGCAGUAGUAGGCAGGGUCUGGAGACUCGUAGCUCCUCCCCAAACACAAAAGGAUUGACCAACCGCAACCUAAGUCCCUCCCCUCAGAUGCAAAGGCACACCUCGUCCCAGAGUUCCAUGGAGUCCUCGGAGUCUGGCCAGUUGUCGGGGGAGUCAACGGAGAGGAGUAGGGAGGAGUACGCCAUGAUGGCCGAUCUACCAAAGGUCAAGCCUGUCCUCCAAAAGGAGCAGCAUGGUCAUGUGGGACAGACUCCAAACCAACCCUCAGGAAGACAGGAGCUCUUCAAACCAGCAAGCCACUCCCUCUCCAAGCAUCCCUCCAGAGAGUGGCUAGAUGACUCGGGGGACCUAGAGAGAAACCACAUAGAAUGGCAAAAUGGCAGCAGCGGUAGACUGUCUCGAGUACACUCGUCCACCUCUUUGCACAUGCAGGGUUGA